AUGCCCACCAUGUUCACUUUAGCCUUCAGCAUCACCAUCUUCUUAUUUGUCGUAGUAGUAACAGCUCUUCUGCGCCUCUCUCUUGCUACCAGGCGUGUUCAAUCAUGCCCCCCAGGUCCAUCAGCUCUCCCACUGCUAGGAAACCUGCAUCAGAUCCCAGCCAAGAAAGCUUUCCUCAAAUUUUUUGCUUGGUCCCAGAAGUAUGGACCAAUCAUUUCUGUAAAGCUUGGUCCUCAAAAUCUAGUAGUCCUGAAUUCAGCGGCUACCGUUCGCGAUCUGUUUGACAAACGAGGCGCAAUAUACUCCAGUCGACCUGCUAAUCACAUCGGCUCCGAGCUCAUUACUCGCGACGACACUCAUUUACUUUUGAUGCCCUAUGGUCCCAAUUGGAGGAAUCAGAGGAAGAUUUACCAGUCUAUUCUCAACAUCAAUGCCGUAGGAUCACUGCAAGCGUUGCAGUCGGCCGAGGCAAUCCUCACAAUGCAGCAGUUAGCGCAUGCUCCUCAAAACUACUACGACAUCAUUCGACGAUAUUCAACUGCAGUGAUUUUAUCUUCUGUAUUCGGGAUUCGUGGACCUGAGUUCAGCCAUCCCAACAUUCAACACUUGUAUAAAGUACAAGAUCAAUUCACUGCCAUCCUUGAGACAGGAGCAACACCACCGGUGGACAUAUUCCCCUGGCUGAAGAAACUUCCUUCGUUCCUGGCUCCGUGGCGAAAUUGGGCUUUAGCAAUCCGGCAAGAACAGCGAAGUCUCUAUUUUGAGCUUCUUCGAGGGGCGAAAGAGCGUGUUGCAGCGGGUGCCAAACGUAACUGUUUCAUGGAUAAAUUGCUGCAAGAGUCGAAACCCAUUAAAAAUGGCCUUGACGAUGAACACAUCGCUUACAUCGGAGGUGUACUUAUGGAGGGUGGCUCGGACACAACUUCAUCAACUCUGUUAUCGUUCCUACUUGCCCUUGUUAAGUAUCCGAGAGUACUGCGCAAGGCACAAGAGGAGGUUGAUCGAGUGUGUGGAGUGCAGAGAUCUCCAAGUUUCGAAGACCUGGCAAAGAUGCCGUACAUCAAGCAUUGCAUGACAGAGGUACUACGCUGGCGGCCGGUAGCUGCCGGAGGUAUUCCCCAUCUCUUAAUUCAAGACGAUUCAUACGGCGACUAUUUCUUUCCCAAAGGUACCAUCUUCUUAGCAAACACAUGGGCUAUCCACCACGACCCGGACCUAUACGAUGAUCCAGAAGAGUUUAGACCAGAGCGUUACGAAAAUCAUGACCUGGGAUACAAACCAGACAUUGAUGCCAACGGUUUACGCAAGACGUACGCUUUCGGUGCCGGCCGACGCAUCUGCCCGGGGCAACAUUUAGCAGAAAACUCGCUCGUCAUUAACAUGAGCAAAAUUGUCUGGGCCUUUGAGAUAACACCUAAGAAGAAUCCGUCGGGACAGUCUCAGCUUCUUGAAGAUUUUGAUGACUCUAUGGCAACUGCGUGGACAGACGGGUUUCUUGUAGCUCCAAAACCUUUCGCACUAGACAUUCAUGUGCGUUCUGAAAAGCACCGAGAGAUAAUCGAUCAAGAGUGUGCGGAAGCUCAAAAUGUGUUUAAGCAGUACAGCGGUUGA